GCCAUCCGUUUGGAUCACGUGAUAUUGCCGGAUGUAGAUGUGAGAGAUGGUUCAAGAACCAGGAUUGAAUUGCACCAUCAUCAUCUUUAUCAGUCCAUCCUUGGUGCUGUAUCCUCACCCUAUUCGACCUCAUUUACUUAUAACAUUAAUCAUCCGACCUUUGAGUUUUUAUUGCUGUGAGCGUACAGAGAGCAGCUAACCUAACGGUCGCCUCCUCUCCUCUCCAUUCGGUCAUCGCUGCUUUGUUGCCGCUAUGGGUGGCUCUUUGCUCCCUUUUUUCAUCGCCGUGCUGGCAACCCGGUCGGCCGUCGCAGUAGACCCGGAGGGAUACGGUCCUGUCGACGGAGCUCCACCCUCAAAGAUAGCUGUGGUUGGGGCGGGGAUAGGAGGUAGCGCCACUGCCCAUUUCCUGCGGCAGCACUUUGGCCCUGAGGUCCAGAUAGAUGUGUUUGAGAAAGGAGAGGUCGGAGGUCGUCUCGCCACUAUAACAGUCAAUCACAACGACUAUGAGUCCGGAGGAUCCAUUAUUCAUUCGCUCAACCUCCACAUGCAGGAGUUUGUCAAGCAGCUGGGUUUGAAGUAUCGUCGCAACGUGGCGGGAAAGAUGGCGGUGUUUAACGGCGAAGAGGUGAUUCUGGAGGAGACGGACUGGUAUCUGCUCGACCUGUUCCGGCUGUGGUGGCGCUACGGUAUCAGCUUCAUACGUUUGCAGAUGUGGGUGGAGGAGAUUAUGGAGAAAUUUAUGAGGAUCUACAAAUACCAAGGCCAUGGCUACGCCUUUAGCUCCGUGGAGGAACUGCUGGACUCUCUUGGGGGCAGCGGCUUCAUCAACAUGACCCGGAGGCCGCUCUCUGAUUCGCUGCUGGAGCUGGGUGUGUCCCAGCGCUUCAUUGAUGAGGUCAUCGCACCUGUGAUGAGGAUCAACUACGGACAGAACGUCAGCAUCCCCGCCUUUGUAGGAGCUGUGUCUUUAGCUGGUGCCCAGAACAACCUGUGGGCGGUGGAAGGAGGCAACAAACUGGUGUGUUCAGGCCUGCUGAAAAUGGCCAGUGCUAACCUGCUGAAGGCACAAGUCAACUCCAUCUCCCCCAUCCACUCAGGAGAUUCACUCCAGUACCAGCUGAGCUUCACUACAGCAACAGGGACGGCAUCAGAGCUGUAUGACAUUGUAGUGCUGGCGACGCCUCUCCAGGCUGGUGUCGGGUCUGGAGUCCACUUCCAAGGUUUCGCGCCUCCCUUCGAUGAGCUGCCUGGCACAUAUCACAGCACUGUAGCAACCAUUGUCCAUGGUUACCUCAACACUUCUUUCUUUGGGUUCCCGGACCCCCGUCUGUUUCCAUUCGCCAGCAUCUUGACAACUGACACACCUGAUCUGUUCUUCAACAGCGUGGCUAGCGUUUGUCCUGUCAACAUCUCAGCAGGCUUCCGGCGUAAGCAGCCACAAGAGGCUGGAGUCUACAAGGUGUUCUCGCCACAGCCGCUGGACAAGUCUCAGCUGAAAACGCUCUUCAGGUCGUACUACUCAGUGCAGGUGACGGAGUGGCAGGCCUACCCUCGCUAUGGCAGCAGCCAGCGACUGCCACCUGUAGAGCUGCACCCAAAUCUCUACUACCUCAAUGGGAUUGAGUGGGCUGGCAGUGCCAUGGAGAUGAGCUCAGUGGCUGCCAAAAACAUUGCUCUGUUGGCCUACCACCGCUGGAACAGACAGACGGACAUGGUGGACCAGAGAGAUCUGAUGCACAGGAUAAAGACUGAACUAUGACCUGACCACUGAAUGCCAAGACCCCAGUGGGUGAUACACGUCUGAGUGUAUGGAGUCACUCCACCAAAUUCUAAGCCUGAAAAUAGUCCUCUUAGGAUACACGUUUUUGGAUUUUGACCAGUGGCAAGUGGAUAUAGAUGUGCAUUUAUGUAAUAUAACUUUUGGUAAAUGCACUGAAUUUAUUGAAUCAGUGCAGUAUGUUGAACAUAACAUUUCCUUGCAGCAUCCCAAUUAAAUGUAAAUGUUAGAAAACCCAAAUCAAGUCACUUUAAUGGCAUCAAUAAAGACUCUGGUCCUGCUCUGCUGCCCAAAUGGCCAGUUUCAUUUUACUGAUUCUCUGUGCCCAGUGGUUUUCCACACAACAGACAUGUUGCAGUUUUGUUUGGGGAUUUAUUGCCAAUGCUAAUUGGCAGUUUCCAGCCAAAAAUUCUGCCGCAAGGACCUUUUCUUUGCCAAGAAAUAGGAAAACCAAGCAAAUAUUGAAAACACCAGCUUGUGUACUGUAUACUGUAUGGACUGUUAGGAGUUGGUGGUGCUGUUAAUGAACAUUGUUUAAUAUAAGUACCAGUUGAUGGUUUCGGUACUGCUUUUCUUAAAUUCAGUGUUUCUGUUUCCAAGCCAAGAAAGCAUUUGAGAAAUAAGUUAUUGUACAGUAUAAAACUAAUCGCUGAUUUAACUUCGUCAUCUAAUCAAAACCACAGCACUGCUGCUGCUCUCUGUAACUGUAGGGACUGUUAAUGGACUGGCUGCUGCCACCAAUGAGAUCUCAUUAAAGUAAUCUCAGUAGGA